AUAGUGUGGCCUUGCAGUAGCAGAAAAAUGGGGGACCACUCCCCAUCUCCUGUGUUUGCAUUGUCUCCUAGUGUGACUGGUCCUCGGGGUACAAUCUUGGAUUGGGACUGCUAUGCCCCCUUAACUCUCCAGACUGGGCUGUCUCUCAUAAUACUUGACUUGUGACAGUAGCAAAUCUCUCCAGGUGCUGUUAACACUUAGCCACUAGCAUGCAAGAUACACCCAGAUAAGUUAAAUGAAUGCUGUGCAAGCCACUCAUGAGCUAUACAGAGGGAAACACCAGCAAAUGCCCUACCGUCCUGCACCCCAGAAAUGUACCAUCUUACAUGGCUCAGGAUCUUCUCAGUAAUUAAUUCAUCACUUAAUCAAAGGAUAAUGGAUAUGUACCAGCUAAUGUAAUCUCAACCACUUUAGACAAACUCACUGCUUUCCUAGUGCUUUUCAUCUCCUUUAAACCUCAAACAUGGACACCGAACCUGAGGUAAAGAAAGAGAAGAAGCAGCAUCAGCAUCCUUUCUACUGCAAUAUUUGCAAAAUCUCGUGUGCUUCUGCAUUAAACUUGCAGACUCAUUUCCUUGGAUUCAAACACAAGACGGUUGAAGAAGCUCUAAAAGCCCAUGGCAUUGUUAAAACUGUGGGUGGAAUAGGGGACCAAGCGAAAGCACCUAUAAAACUUCCUGAUUAUGUUCAAACUGAGCCAGAGAAGUUUCAAGGACAAACCUUGGAAGAACAGCUUAAUACAUGUAAAGAUUCAGAACCUGCACUUGGACUUGAAUAUAUAAUUGAAUACCGAUCAAAAGAGAAUCUCCUUGUUCUCUACGAGUGUCAGCUGUGCCACUGUCAAACGGGAUUGAGUAAUAUGUUCAUGCAUGUUUAUGGCUCUAAACAUAGACUGGCAUAUCUGACAAAACAUUAUCCUGAGAUAGUGGAAUCUGAUGAAAUUAGAGGUCGAGGUUCAGAACUGAACAGAAGGCUUAAACAAGUAGCUGCAGUUAUUGAAAAGAAGGAGGGAAGAAAACAAAUAAAGGUUGUAACGGAUCCUCCUGUUAUGAAGAGAAAAUGGCAAGAAUAUGGCUACCAUUCAAAAGCUAAGGUUCAGCGUGUAUAUGCUUCAACUAGCAAUGAAGGAAAGGCAGACGGUGAUGCUGAUAAGGAUAAACAGAUCACAGAUUCUACUCAAAGUUUACCUUCUCAAGAUGGAAAGGAUACUCAAGAUGAACAGGAAAAAAGCCAAAAAGAACAACUGAAACCAGCUGAAAAGCUAAACGCUAACAAUGCUGAUGAAAGCAACAAAGCUGAUGAAAACAGCAAAGGCAACAAGACUGAGUGUGAUGACAGCAAACAAUCAAAAGGUGAAGACAAGGAAGUCCAGGAUAAAGAGAAAGAUGAUGAUGAAAUAAAGUCUGAAGAAUUCACUAGCCAUGAAGAACUACUAGGAUAUUUGCAAAGCUUUGAGAUACUGACUGAAGAUGAUGCAUCCUUUAUCCUAAAGGUUACACAAACUCUUACGAAUGCAUUGGUGGAAUAUCGGCAACAGGGUGCACCAACAAAUGACUCUUUAGAUUCUGAACCAAAUCAAGAAAAAACAAUUGAACAUUCAACAGAACAAUCUGAUGCGACUUCGGUGGAUAUUAGUGACGCUAAGACUGGGUUUUCAGCAAAUUAUAUGUCAGACAGGAGGCAGCAUCCUGCCCAACAACCAUAUGACAGCACAGCAGCAAAGUCUAAUGUUAGUGGAACAUUCAUGAAAAAGGAUUCACCAUCAGUGAACUUUUCAAAAAACAAUGCUACAGAUUGGAAACGUGGGACUUUUCAAUCCACGUUUAGAGUAUUAAGUAAUGAAGAGUCCUUAGAGUCUGCUUCUGCUACUGAAGAGCAGUGUCCCUCCUCUUCUCAAAACAUGUCUAAUAAAAAGUUUUUAUCUGCUACUGAGAGAGAUGCACCCCAAAACUCUUUACCUGACUCUUUGAGAACAUCAUAUGAAAACGAUGUCACUACUGAAUUUUUCAAUAGUGUAAGAAAUAUGGAUGCUGCUGAGGUUACGGCUACUCUACAGAAAAUAGCAGCCACAAAUCCAGCCUUCAGAGGUAUUGACAUUCCAAAUGUGAUAAGGAUCUUGACUGAAAGUGGGACUCUUAGAGCACCAAACAGCAACAGUGUGCAGUGAUAAAGGAAAACAAGAAGUGAAAUUAAUAUUGUAAUGUGUAAACUGAAAAUUUGUCACUUGUAUGCAAUUAAUUUCAGUGUAUUCAAACUCUGUACAGUGUUACUUGUUAUAUCUCCAGAGUAAUAGUUCGAAUUUGCAGAUUUGUGUGUUAUAUUUAUUUCUCCCAAUAGCUGGAAUUUCUGUAUUUGUGUUGAUUAAAAAAAAUAUUUUUUCUUUGUUAAAGAUAAUCACUUUUGAAAAUUACCCCUAAAAAUGGUUUAGCUAUAUCUAGGCUAGAAAGCUUUUGGGUUUUACAUAGUGGAGGGCUGAUCUUUUUUUCCUAAUUCUUCAAAAAAAUAACUGAAGAAAGGAAUUGCAUGGGUAGAGUAGAAUAUACAAGCUUGAACCUUCUAGGUCAUUAGUUCAAAUUUGACUCAAAAUUAUCUAUAUCCGAAAGAUGCUUCCUUUUGCAGCUAAUCUUUGGCCACUGGACCUGAUCCAAAGCCCCCUUUUAGCUAAGAGAGAGACUCCCAUUGACUUAUGUGGGCUUUGGAUCAGGCACUAUCAUGUGUGAAAUAAGAUUAUAGUGUCAGUCUGGUUCCUGGUUGAGGUGUCCAAAUUGCAUGAAACCCAUCAGUAUUGGAAACUUAAUUGGAAGACUCAACAAACAGGCCAGAGAUUGAAGUGUGUCUCCAAGGGAUUUAGUCAGAUCAUGGUUGAGAUACAAUGCAGUGAUUUUUAUUUGCUCAGUGAGAAACGUAUCCCAAUGGUUAUCGCUGCCUGCUGUGUCCUGCAUAAUAUCUAUGAAGCAAAGGGGGAGGAUAGUUGCUGCUGGGAUGGAGGGCGGAGGUGGAGCGGUGGUCUACCGAGUUUGAAGUGCUGUUAGAAGAGCUCUACACAGAUCCAUACAGCUCAGGGAGGCUUUGAAAAGAGCACUUUAACCAGGGCUUUGGAGCGGAGCCCGGAGCUGGAGCGCGGAGCAGUGGAGCUGCAGGUUUUUGCCUGGAGCUGGAGCGGAGCUGGAGCACAGCUCCAAAGCCCUGAUAUCAGUGAGCCACAGUAAUGUGUUGUGGUGUACUGAGCUGUAGCUGGCUCUGCAGUUUGGGGGCUUGUUAGGAAUUUUGUGGUGCUUGCUAUACAUUUAUGAUUAUUACACUGUUUGCCACUGAUACUUAUGAGUUGUGUCCAAAUAGUUAUUGUAGAAGUGCUUUCACUAGCACUAGGCAUUCUGCAACACAGGUUGGGAACUAAUAAAGAUGAUUUAUUUUCCAAACAAUUA